AUGGCUGAAGACUUGUCCGAGAAAAAGUUUGCCGGCGUCGUCGGUGAAAGCCCCGUCGUCUUUGCGACCGCGUCGUCGUCGUCCGACAACGAGAACGGCGCUCCGCAACAUGCUGCCGUCCCCGACGAUGUCGACCCGGCGUUUCACAAAGCCGCCAUGUGGAAGGCCGACAUCUGGCUCGUCGGCUUCUACUCGCUCGUCUACGUCUUCCGCGUCAUCGACUCGGCCAACUACUCCAAUGCCGCCAUCAUCAACCUCGAGGCCGGCACCGGCAUCAAGAAGGAGCUCAACCUCGACCCGUCGCAGUGGGCCUGGACGCUGUCCAUCUUCUCGUACAGCUACCUCAUCUUUGAGCCGUCCAACACGCUGCUGCUCAAAAUCUUCCGGCCCUCGCGCUGGAUGUUUGUCCUCAUCUUCUUCUGGGGCGCCGCGGCGUGCUCGUCGGCGGCCGCGCAGAGCUUUGGAGGCAUGAUGGGCGCGCGGUUCGCCAUUGGCGCCGCCGAGGCCGGCUUCUACCCGGCCGUCCUCUACCACAUGGCCUUUUGGUACAAGCCCGCGGAGCUGCCCAACCGCAUCGCCUUCUUCUACUCGGUCGGCCAGCUCUCGAGCGCCCUGUCCGGCCUGCUGGCCUACGCCGUCAGCUUCAUGGACGGCCUGCAGGGCAUCUCCGGCUGGCGCUGGCUGUUCAUCAUCGAGGGCCUGCCGGCCACUGUCUUGGCCGUGAUUGCCCUCAUCUGGCUGCCCGAUUACCCCGAGUCGGCCUGGCACUUGAACGAAAAGCAGCGCCAGUAUCUGAGCGGCCGCCUGGGCGAGCGGGCGCCCACCGGCUGGGGCAAGAACUGGGACUGGAAGGCGCUGAAGCGGCUCUUUUCCGACCCGACCUUUUACACCUUUAGCGUCUACUGGAUCGGCCACGGCAUUGGCGGAUUCGGCAUCAGCUAUGCGCUGCCGACCGUCAUUUACGAGCUGGGUUUUACCACCACCACCAACUCGCAGCUGAUGAAUAUUCCUCCAUACGUUGCUACGUUCCUGUUCCUGAACACCCUCGGCUACCUUUUGCAAAAGAAGAUUAUCCGGCCCUGGACGACAGCCGUGGGAAUCGCCUCCACCAUCAUCGUUUGCUACAUCAUCUUGUUCACUGUCCACAACAACGUCGUCAAAUACCUCUUCCUGAUUGUCGCCGUCUCCUGUGCCGGCUCAGCCUACCCCGUCAUCUGGCCCGAGCGCAUGCGUGCUCUCGAAGGCACCGUCUCGUCCGGUAUCGGCAUCGGUUUCACCAACGCCAUGGCCCAGUUCAGCGGCAUUGCCGGUCCGCGCAUCUACAGCACUGUCUUUGGCCCCACCUACCAUGUUUCGUACGGUAUCUGUCUUAUAUUUUUGGUUGUCGACAUCACGGCCCUCCUGCUAUCGUGGUUCUUUGUCCAUCGCAAGGACAGGCGGGUUGCUGCUCUGGUAGCGAGUGAGGCCGCGGCGACUCAAACAGUAGCAGUAGUAUGA